AUGCCCAGGCCGACGCGCGAGUCAUACGGCGAUCAAAAACCACCAUUUUCCUACAUAGCCCUCACUGCCAUGGCAAUAUGGAGCUCACCAGAACGGAUGCUGCCGUUAUCAGAAAUAUACAGAUUUAUCACGGACAGAUUCCCAUAUUAUCGCCGUAAUACGCAACGAUGGCAGAAUUCCCUACGGCACAAUCUCUCGUUUAACGACUGUUUCGUAAAAGUCCCGCGCCGCCCGGACCGUCCUGGUAAAGGUGCAUACUGGACUUUGCACCCUCAAGCCUUUGAUAUGUUUGAAAAUGGAUCACUGCUUCGUCGAAGAAAGCGUUUUAAGCUGCAUAAAGGUGAAAAAGAUAGCCUCAAUGCCGAAUUGGCUGCUCUCGCAAGUUUUAAUAGAGCUUUUCUUGCACGACAGGCGAAUACACCUGGUAACAUGUCUAGCGGUAUGUACGCAUCAGCCAUGAAUUUAUGUCCAAGGCUAAGUCCUGAACCGUCAGAACCUCUUGAUACAGCAGCAUUACUCCCAACAUUGCCAAGACCACGUCGGGCAUUUACUAUAGACGCUCUACUAGAGCCCGAGCCCAGGCGAUCUUCGCCUUCUCCUCCAGUGCAGCAGCCGCACUGUCCCAUGCCGCUACCUGCAGCCCCGUACUUGCUGGCUGCUCAGCGAUACCAUGCAGAGCUACUGGCUGGUCUGCAACAGUCGUGUUUACCACCUCUGUGGACUUGGAGAGAUACCAGUCAAUUUUCACAUUACACGCUCAAUUCA